AUGACCCAAUGAGGACAAUUAGGAUUUCAAGAUGCAAAUUCACCCCUUAUAGAACAACUUAUUUUUUUCCAUGAUCACUCUAUAUUUAUUCUAAUUAUCAUCCUAACAUUAGUUAUAUAUAUUACAGUUUUAUUAAUAACAAACAAAUUUUCUUCAUUAAUAAUUACAGAAAGUCAAAAAAUUGAAACAAUCUGAACAAUCAUCCCCAGAAUCAUCCUACUUUUCCUCGCACUACCAUCUUUAAAAUUACUUUAUUUACUAGAUGAAUCUAUUAAUCCACUUCUUACAAUUAAAGCACUAGGACACCAAUGAUAUUGAAGAUAUGAAUAUUCAGAUUUUAUAAAUAUUGAAUUUGAUUCAUAUAUAAUUCCUUUAAAUGAACUAAAUGAAGGUUCAUUCCGACUUCUAGAAACAGACCAUCAUCUAAUUAUUCCAAUAAAAACAAAUACUCGAAUAAUUAUUUCAUCCGCAGAUGUUAUUCAUUCCUGAACUGUACCCUCUUUAGGUAUUAAAGUAGAUGCUAUCCCAGGUCGACUAAAUCAAUUAAACCUUUAUUCCAAUCGACCUGGAUUAUAUUAUGGACAAUGCUCUGAAAUUUGUGGAGCAAACCACUCAUUUAUACCAAUUACACUCGAAAUCGUAAACAUAAACACUUUUAAUAACUGACUAUUAAAUAUAAAUACAU